AUGGACACGCCGAGGAAACCAGCUCCCAGGAGCCAAGAAAAUCGAUUUGUUUUUGUUGGCCAGCCCGCGCUGACAGGCGUGGGGGGCAGUGGAAUCCGAUCGAAGCUUAUCCGAGAAGCGCAACGCCGGACGCAAGCUCAGCGGCAGGAAAAUGGAAUGGCAGAAAUAAACAAAUUGCUCAAGCAGAGAGCAGCUGCCAGAUGUAGCUGUCGCCGGACGACCGUUCCAGAAACACCGUCUCAAUUCCUGACUGGAGGCCAACCAGAAGGGCCAGCAGACUUGGCUCGUUGCAGCUUCUGCCGUCAUAUUCCACGCUCCCGCGACUCCCUGUUCGCAAAUGAGCGAGUGCAUGACCUGGGAUGUACUGUUCUCGACCCGAUGCUCCCCAUCAAUGAAAAGACUUCUCGGCUUAAGCUGAAUGAGAGGUUUAGUUUCGCCUGCAGGCAUAUAUUUCCGAAGCUCCGUUCUUUGGAUCUACCUGACCUUUAUCGAACAUGGGCCUUCCCUUUUGACAACGAUGAAUUAAAGUUGUUCAGCUUCCUCUGGUCUAGCAAAUACCACGAGGGUGUGCUACGCCAAAUAUCUGGCGUACCGGAGGAUUCAGUUGGACUGAAGGAGCAACUUACCCUGAAAGGCCUCACUCUGAAGGCGUUGCGGAAAGAAGUUGCAAGUUAUACAAGGCAGAAACCAUUAGAUAGCAUCAUUGGGUGCAUUCUCGUCUUCGCUGUGAAUGGGACGACGAGCGAGCGGCUAUAUCGCGACCCUAAUCCGUUUACGCCUACAUUCACGAGGCUUCAUGGUCUAGAAGCCUAUGGCAGUCGCGAUUACGAUCCUCUCCACUGGAAUAUUUUGUGCGAGCUGCUUGAAAAAAACGGCGGAAUCGAGGGUCUUCACUACGGUGCACUAGCGUGGCAGGUCUCUGUAGCCGAUCUCACGAAUGCCGUGCAUACUCUCCGAAAACCGUUCUUUCCAAUUAUGAAUUUUUAUGGCCAGAAGCUAGAGUUACCUUCUCCUCUCGCACUAUUUGCACCCUACGUUCAUGGUGACAUUUGCAAUGAUGCUAAGUCACAAAAGGCGGGCUCUGGCUUUAGUGAGCUUUUAUUUAUAGAGCCGCCGGUGCAUGAAAUGCUUGUUACAGCGUUCUCCCACGUCGGAGAGCUAUCUUAUGUUAUAACUUGUAUGUCAACACAGUCCGACCCUCAGUUGCUCGAUCUCCUCGCUAGCAGCCGGAAUCUGGUCCACCACCGACUCUUCUCCCUGCCAACUGAAGACGAUCCACCCGACCAGAUCCUGCAGAUCGAUACCCAAUCGACUGGUGGCACAACUGAACGUUCUAUGGAGCUUUACCUGAUCUGUCGCCUUGGGGUGCUCCUAUACGCUACUCAUGUCACAUUCCCGAGUCCUAGGCCAACAGUCGCGAGAGGGCAAAUGCUCCGCUCACUGUACCCAAGACUCCUAUCAAUAGUUGGCCGAGGCUUUUCGAGCCCAUUAAUCUUGUGGUGUACGAGCUUGGCCCUUAUUGCCUUUGAUGGAACAGAAUAUUCCGGCCAAAUUUCACUACUGUUCAAGGAGCUCUGCCGUAACCUACAUGUGACAAGUCUGGAGAAAUUGUUGGGAAUCCUCAGGUCAUUUACCUGGGUCGACUUGGCGGUCAUGCAUCAUUAUACGAACAUUGAAGCAUAUAUUGGGGGUAAUUUAUGA